UGUAGAAGGACAGCGACAGUUGAUAGUGUUUUGUUUGACGGCGUAUGUUUACUAAUAUUAGAAAGUGAUGCGUGAAGUUUUCUCAUGCACUUAACUGUAAAAGAAGAAGACGAGAACAAUGAAACGCGUGGUACAGGGUCAGGAUAAAAGUGCAAAGAUUAUUAAAGAAGAUCGGGAGGACAGUGAUGGAGAAGAGAUGGAACACGAGUCCGGAGAGACGGACAAGUCUAGCUCCACCAGCGAGACGAGUGAUGCGGCCACUGACACGGAUGACAGUUCAGAAAUGGAUGAAGAAGAGUGUGAAAGAAGACGAACUGAAUGCAUGGAAAACUUAGUAGAUCUUGAGAGGCAGUUUAGUCUCCUUCGUGAACAGCUGUACCGCGAGCGCGUCACGCAGGUGGACACGAAGCUGUCGGAGGUGCGCAGCGGACGUGCCCAGGAGUACCUGCAGCCACUGGAACAGCUGCAGCAGAACAUGCGUGUGCGCACCGAGGUGGCGGGCAUCCUGCGUGAGCUGCGCCUCGCCAACAUCCAGAACAAGUUCGACGCCGAGGAGCUCGCCGCACAGCAGAACCUCGAGAGUGAGAAGUCACUCCUCUGGGACUCGAUCCAGAGUGACCUGGAGGAAAAAAUCCGUCGCCUAGAGGAAGACCGGAACAAUGUCGACAUCACUGCCGACUUGUGGCUUGUGGAACAGUCGGCAUCAGCUGGUGGACUUACUGGCAGCGGUCGCAGUGGGUCGGGCAGCCGCCGGCACGGUUCGAGCGCCGGUGCCGACUGCGUGGGGGCUGGCGGGUGUGGCAACGGUGCGGGAGGUAGUGGCGGCAGUGGCUCAGGGUCGAGGCGGAAACCUGUGUCCGUGUCGGGUCCGUAUGUCGUGUACAUGCUGCGAGACACGGACAUCCUGGAAGACUGGACGGCGAUCAAGAAGGCCCUCUCCGUGUCCAAAAGAAAGUCUGAAUUUCUGCCAAAUCCAAACUCAAAAAGGCAGCGAAUAUGAAUGAAAGUGAAAAAACUCGCAAAGGGUGAUACAACCAAAAAAUAUUCAAGACCUGGUCAGCAGGUUCAGUGUUUCACGAGUUUAAAGUGAACAACUGACACUCUGAAUUGUCAGUGUGCGAAAUUCUUCAUCAUGUACGUAUCUAGCAGAGAACAAACAGAUUUAUUAGUGGCCUGGAGUGUGUGCGUGUGUGUGUGUGAUACACAAAGGAAAGGAUUAUGUGGCUGUGAAAGGACAAGUGCACUAUAAAAAAAAAAAAAAAAAAAAAAAAUUGGACACACAGUUAUUGUGUACUACUCUUCACCUUUCCUCAAGAUGCAUAAAUCAUUGUAAUUUAUCUGUGUCUUGAUGCCAGAUGUGCUUAUAAGUAUCAGAAACGUGACUUUCAAUGAUUAGUGCAGAAUAAAAAGUUACCAUACUAGCAAAAGCUAAUAUUAAAUUUGGAUAUAACUUUGAAGAAGGAACUGAAACUCCAGUUGGUAAUGGACAUGUGUUACAUGACCUUUUGCUCAAAACAUUAUCCAUCUCACAUCAAAAGUAGUUCACUUUUGAUACUAGUGGAAAAUGGAUGACAGUGUGCAUUUAUUUAACAACAGUAAGUAAGAAAUGUGUAAUCAUUGCUGCUGUUUGAUUGUUGCAUAGUAUAUUUUUGUAUCAUCACAUGUGAUACAUGUGUUGUUUUUGCAAUAAGCCUGUCCCUCUCUGCAAGAAUGUGACCUGUCCCUCUCUGCAAGAAUGUGAUAAAUUUUGUAUUAAAAUAUUUGCAACACA